AUGCCUAUUAUGUCCCUUCUGAGAUGGAAAGUCUCGGGGAUUGAAAGGCUAGGCAUGAGACAUGGGUUGCUACAACUACCUUCAAUGUCAAAAGCUGCAAGGGCUAUUGGUGUGCUAAACUUUACUCCAGUAAAUGGAAAGUCGAUUCGUAUCAUGUAUUCUUAUAGGGAUCCUAGCAUUCAGAAAAGUGGAACUGCAUUUAUCUUUCUCAAGACAAUUGACAACAAAGCCUUACAUGACACAGUUUCAACUUUUGGAAACAUUCUUUCCUGCAAGAUAGCUACAGACUCCAUAGGCCAUUGUGCAAUUUGA